ACAUCGCUGCUUCGCCGGGCGGGAUUUCCGCAAUAAUAUCAACUAUGGCGAAGACGUACGACUACUUGUUCAAACUACUGUUAAUCGGCGACUCCGGUGUCGGGAAGACCUGCGUCCUGUUCAGGUUCUCGGAGGACGCCUUCAACUCGACGUUCAUCUCCACCAUAGGCAUUGAUUUCAAGAUUAGGACGAUAGAGCUCGACGGCAAGAAGAUAAAGUUGCAGAUAUGGGACACGGCUGGUCAGGAGCGCUUCCGAACAAUCACAACUGCCUAUUACAGAGGAGCAAUGGGCAUCAUGCUCGUGUACGACAUCACCAACGAGAAGUCUUUUGAGAAUAUCAAGAACUGGAUAAGAAACAUAGAGGAGCAUGCAUCGUCCGAUGUUGAGAAGAUGGUCCUCGGCAACAAAUGUGACAUCAACGACAAGCGGCAGGUGUCCAAAGACCGGGGGGAGAAGCUUGCAUUGGAGUAUGGAAUCAAGUUCAUGGAGACAAGUGCAAAGGCCAACAUCAACGUGGAAAACGCGUUUUUGACUCUCGCCAGAGACAUCAAAUCAAAAAUGGACACAAAAUUGGAGGGAAACGCGCCGCAGGGGAGCAGUCAUGGAGUGAAGAUCACAGAGCCUCAGAAAAAGACCAGCUUUUUCCGUUGUACCCUCCUCUGAGGACCGAGGCCUUCCACAGUGGCUGCCAGCUGGCUGGACACAUGGACUGUGCUUGCUUUUAGCACUUCCUCCCCGCUUCCCUCCUUCUACCCAACCCUGGCCCGUCCUCCCAGACCACACAAACGAAAAAAGGAGGACUUCCUCUUCCUUCCUCUCUUCCUCUUCUGAAAACUUCCAAUGGUGCGUCUCUUCCAUUUAAAAAGGAAAUCUGUCAUCCUCAUGAGUCAGCCCAUUUGACUGGCGGAGGACUCGACUCCGGAGCAUUGUCCAGUUGUUUCAUAUCGCACACAAAAAGACCAAGUUCCUACUCCUCACAUUAGUCUCUUCUACACACUCACAUUUCAUACAGCUGGUAGCAUAACCGAAAAAUGGAAAAUUCGCGUAAUUUUUUUGUCAAGGUUUAGGGAAUAUAAAUGCAAAUGUGAUAUUUAGAUCUAUUUUUAUUAGUGACUCUUCCCUUGUUAUGUGAUAAAUCUCAUCCAGAGGACCGAUAGGUUUGAGUUCCAGUGGAACGGAGCUGCCGCACAAGCUUUCUUUCAAUUUCAGCAAGUGCUUUAAAAGCUUUUUGGCAAAACAGAAUUUAAAAAAUUCUAGGUUUCUGUAGUCAUGACAUCAUUUUAUCAGCAGAACAUAGUUGGGGGUGUUGAGAGAGAUCUUCUCCGGCCUACUGAACUUUAACAAAGCUUUGUACAGCACUUGCCAAAACUGGUUUGCUAUUGCCUGUGUGCUUGCUGUAUGGUUUUAGACUAAUCCACCACGGUUAAAGUUAAGUUGGUUUGUCCGAGGUGACUUCUUCAAAUGUCAGGCUGUGUCUACCCCCUAAAACAUUGACUUUUCUUAGGAAUAAGACAAAGAAAAGCAGCUAAUCUUCUCAUAUGAGAAAAGGGGAAACCAGCAACUGUUUGGUAUUCUUGCUUGAAAAAUCCUUAGAUUUCGUUUUAUCUCAAACUUUGUCAACUCAUUGUUUGAGCACUAAAUAUGUUCAUCUUCAAGUGUUGCCUCUUAUUUUGAGUUUGCGUCAAGGUUUUGUUUGCGGCUCUCACUCACUCGCUCUCAAGCUAAAUGACGUCUCUGGUUAUUUGAUCAGCAAUUAAAAAAUAAAAAAUCCCACGUGAGGUUUCAUGCUGACCGCCCCCUCCCCCCCUGCUGUCCAAGCAGCUCUCCUUGCACUUUAACAGUAACUCGUGUUUUGUGUGUAGUCUGUGCCGAGUGAUAGUUUGCAGUGCAGCAAUGCGAUUGCUUUAGUUAAAAAAAGAAAGAUAUAUAUUUUGACCUAAGGAGUCUUGGUGAUGACAUGAUGGGGAUAAUUCUGAAAUGUGACUGCACCUACUUAUAAAUUGAUCUCCUUUUGCUGUUUCACUGCUAGUGAUCCACUCUCCUGGUAGAUGUUCACUGAAAACCUUGCCCUCUCCUACUUCAGCAGUUACUUACAUCUUAAAGAAUUUGUGAGCCCCUUCUUUCUAUGCUACUGCCCUGCCAAACUAUAGUUUAAAAGUGAUGUUUUCUUUGCUUACGAGAGGUUAAAGUUGGUCCCACUAGUGUUACUGUAUAUUUCCAUGUGCUUUCGUCUUAUUGUGGCCCUUCAGUUUAACAGCUAGGUGGCACCAGAGGCCCUGUAGGCGUCGCAGCUGACCACCAAAACUCAAAAUUUGAACCAGUAUUUUUUAUUACGAGCCACAGUGAACUAGACUUGUGUGAUCAUGCAAACACGUACUCUCAAGUCACAUAUAAUAUUGCUGUUGAGUCUUAAUCUGUUUUCCGUUGUUCCUCGUGUUUCCUGCCUACUUCUGUGUGAAAAGCGAGCUCCUGUAUGCACAAUAUCAAGGGGCAAUCUGUCUCUGCUUGCCUAAACUUUUUUUUUUUAAUAUCAAAUAAUUUGGGACCUCAUGACUAUUUGUCUUAAUCGCCAAUACUCACUCCUGUCAUCGGUGGGCUAUGCAUUGUGAACUUUGGACCUGUGCAUAUUUGUGUAAUGUAAUUCUCCGACGCACUCGUAGACAUGUACAGUUGAAUGUGUGGGCUGUUUUUUUAUUUAGAUUUUUUUGUAGGAAACUGUUGCUACAUCAGUGCGAGUGAAAUUCACCACGGUGGGAGGUCGAGUAGGAACAAUCUGCAUGUUGAAACAUAGAGACAUCGCCAUCGUCUCUUCCGAGUGAUACCACCUUCAACAGAUACAUGGGGAGCAGAAUCACGUGGCACUCGAGCUGUCUCUCUCUCAGCUGAAAUGAUCCUCUUUUUUUUUUAUCAUAUCCUUUUCGUAAUACUCCCUAUCACAUGUCACGAUAUACUGUGCGUCCCUUUUUACAGCCGUAUUUUCAUUCCAUACAUUGUGAAGUACACAGGGAGAAUAACACAUACAUUUUAGACGAAGAAAAAAAAAAUGAAAAAGAACAUUGUAAAUAUCACAUUGAAAAAGAGAUCUACUUAAAUUGUACUGUACUUUCUAAAACACAUGAAAAUAUAUCUACAAUUUUGUAGAUGUAUACGUGUACUUUUGAUUUAAUAAAAUAAGAUUAUAAAAGCUCCA